AUGGAGUCCACCAAGAACAACGCUCAGAAGGUCUGGUCUGCUAUCGUCAAGCACGCCAAGGAACACCACCGAUCUGUCAACGCUGCUGUCAACGUCUACUACCCUGCCCCAAGCGCACUUUCUCCUUGUACUGCUACAGCAAAGACUGUGUACUCGACCUCAUCGAGUGCACGAUCAUCCUAUGAGAAGAACUAG